AGGGGACUGUUCGCCAGCUGCUUCAUGAAAAAAUCAGAGAUGCCUACACCCAUCCACAGUUUGUGACUGACGUAAUGAAACCAUUACAGAUUGAAAGCAUCAUUGAUCAAGAGGUCCAGAAUCUAUCUGGAGGUGAAUUACAACGUGUGGCACUGGCUCUUUGUCUAGGUAAACCAGCUGAUGUCUACCUGAUUGAUGAACCAUCAGCAUACCUGGAUUCUGAACAGCGUCUAAUGGCUGGAAGGGUAAUUAAACGUUUCAUUCUCCAUGCAAAGAAGACUGCCUUUGUUGUGGAACAUGACUUUAUAAUGGCCACCUAUUUGGCUGACCGUGUGAUUGUAUUUGAUGGAAUACCAUCUAGGAGUACAAUAGCUAAUCCUCCACAGACACUGCUUGCUGGAAUGAAUAAAUUCUUAUCUCAGCUGGAAAUCACCUUCCGAAGAGACCCAAACAACUAUCGACCAAGGAUUAAUAAGAUGAAUUCUAUUAAGGAUGUGGAGCAGAAGAAGAGUGGAAACUACUUUUUCUUGGAUGAUUAAACUUUCAUUUUUUCAGAGCCAAACUUGUGAAUCCUCAUUGCCAUAUUCAAGAAACAUUCAGAAUGAAAACUGACAGACUACAUCUUUUACAGGGCAAUCAACAACUACAGAGCAGUUCUUAACUUGAAAAUGUUCAUUUCCCCCUUAAUAUUUCUAAGUAAUUGGUGUAUGAUGCUGAAAACUGUGGUUUUAUCACAUGUACAUUUAUUUAUUCAUGGCUGUGAUGUAAAAAUGCCAGUUUGAGGCUGACAAGGUAGAAAUGUAUUAACAAAAACAGAAGUUGCUGGAAAAUUCACUGAAUUGGUCAAAACAACCAUGUUCUGUAAAAGGUGACCAGACGUGUCGUGGUAUAGUUAACAGCAAUUCUGCUUUAUUUUUACAGCUGUUUUUGACAAUAAUUGCAUUUUGAUGAGUAAUCUUAUUUGCAAACAGUGUCCUAUUAACAAUAUUAAAUCAUAUCAAAUCAA